UGCACAAAAUAUGAUGUGUGUCCCUAAGAAUAAUUAAGUUUACAAUGUAGUAACAUGCUUUAUCUUUAUUAAUAUAGAUGACAAAUCUUAAUAAUAUUUGUGUAAUGAAAAAUCUGUCACAUAAGAAUUUCCGUUAUGAGUAAUGUAAUGUAAGUCAAAUAAUUACAGUCAAGAAAUCUUAGUCAUCGCCUCUCACUAUGCAAAUAGGUAAUCGUAUCGUAUAGUGUAAACGACCCGACGUAGAGGUCCGAACGAGUAUCGCGAGUUUAUAAAACUUCUCGCGCGCAGGCGACGUUUCUCACUCUAUCGCCAACGAUCAUUGCCGCCGGUCGAUACGUGAUUACGCGCGAAAUUAAACAUGGCGAAAGAAGAGCUCAUCAAGGGUGUGUUGUAUGUUGUGAACGUGAUAUACGCGGUGUUCGGCUUAGUGACAGCUGCAACCGGUAUCUGGUUUUUCGUGCAGCUUUCCGAAUUCGUCGCGUUGAGGAAUAGCAACCACUAUUUACUGGACUACAGAGUCUACUGGCCCCAAGUCGCGCCAUGGUUCUUCAUACUACUCGGACUGUUCGUGAUGAUGGUGGCCUUCUGCGGAUGGUGCGGUGCCAACAAAGAGAGCAGAGGCCUUCUGGGAGUGUACGGUUUCUUCUUGCUGCUUAUUAUUUUGGGGCAACUGAUCUCCGCCACAUUGAUUUUCGUGUUCGUCGACGGAGAGGACACUGACAGGUUCAUCAAGGACACAGUUUACGAUGGAUACUACAAUUCCCAAUCCAACCCUGACGUGUUCAAAGCUUUCGGCAAAAUUGAGAGGAAGUUAAGAUGCUGCGGUGCGAAUGACGCUAGAGAUUACAGAAGCUGGAGGAACGAUCUACCUCUGACGUGUUGUCUGGACAGCUACUAUAGAGCUACCUGUGAGUUCACUGACAAGGAAGCUAACGAAAGACUGGGAUGUGCUAAAGUUGCGUCUGUUUACACCAAGAUUAUUAGUUCGUCGGUUGCCGGGGCUUCGCUGCUGAUAUCACUGGUCGAGAUAACUGGUCUUAUACUCUCCUGGAAGCUGUUCAAAUCGUUGAGGGAAGUGGAACAUUACAUCACAGAGAGAAAAGAGGGUGAAACCGAGUGCUAAUUUUAAGUUAAAGGUAACAAAUCGGUUGUUUAGAUCAUGUUUGGAUGCAUAUUGUAUGGUGUUUCGCAAUAGUUUAGUGUGAUUCUAUUGAACAAUCGAUUGUAAGGUCGACUCAACGGUUGAAUGGUUUGAAUCUCAUUGAAUGUAUUGUGGUGGACAGGCGUGCGAACUCUCCCAUUUUUUUUUCUAACUUAUUCGGUAUGUUCUUUAAAGUUACAACAUAUUAACUGAAGUGUAGUUAUGAACUUGUUUUCCGCUAUGUAUGGAAUCUAAUAAAUAAAUACUUAAUAGAUGUAAUUAAGUGACGUCAUCAAUAAUUCAAUAUGGCGGACAACAAGCGCCGGUUCACAUAGCAUUAUUAAUAAUUAAACACGCAACAAUUAAUAGUUGCUAAACAACAAUAACAACAGCUCAAGUAAUUUUUUUUUUCUUUUCAUUAUCUAUUAAUUUUACUUUUCUAUAAUGGGAGCACUUGUUUUUAUUUUUCUUUUGAGUCGACUUGUACAGUUGGGUGCUUUAUUUUGUUACCUUUAGCCAAAUUUUACCACCGAUGUCAGCACGUCACUAGGCCUACGCGUGCGCAUACAAAAAUCGAUUUUAAGUUAAACGCAAUAAGAGUUAUAUUGCUUUAAUGUAGGUUACAGCGAUUUUCCCGCCACGACACGAAGUCGAAGCCUGAACAAUUUUCAUUUUCCUCAGAAAGUUAUAUACUCUAUCACGGCUUUACUUGUCUUUUGAGAAUAAAUUCCAUUUCCUUAUUUAAAGGAAACUCGGUAUAUUUUAUUCUUAUGACUCUAGUUUCUGACAUUCCCUAAUUAAUUCCGUUUUUAAUUCAUCACAGUUACCAAUCCAAUCGUGUCAUUUUUAGUAAUACAUUUUUUUAUUUUUUUUUUAAAUAUUUUAUAUUGUGCAUGUAUAUUUUGCUGCUUAUUUUAUCUAGGUGGUAUAUUCUCAAAUUUAUUUACAAUUUUACGUUUAAGUUUUUUAUAAUUUAGAUUUUUAAUCAAAGCGUUGAAUUACAAUCGAAAUUCAGUAUUUGUAUAGUUUAUAUUAUAACUUUAAAAUAUUGUGACAAUCAACUUUUUUGACCAUACAAGUUGCACGUUUGACAGUUAAUUAUUGACAGUUGACAUUUUGACAGAUGUAGAUGUAAACGGCAGCUAUCUCACCGCCACACCCGGGUCAAAGAUCUAUUCAGUUAACAGUCUCAUCUUAAUCAUUAAUUUCCUCCUCGGGCCGUGAAUCAUUACCUGGACUGACUGACUCACUUGUAACUCAAUUGUAGAAUGUCUCAUGACCUCGAAUAGUCCCCCCUUGCCCCUUUACCCCACCACAUGUUUUGUUGUAUCGUUGAGGAUCAUUGCGUAAGGUUGAAUGGUUACGUACAACCUUAAGGUUGUAGUAGGUACUUGAGUACUAUGAGAAAAAUUUGACCUCGACUCGAUUAGAUAUAAGCCUCUAAUUCGAUUUCACUCAACCAAUUUGACCCAUGCGUGAACCGUGGCUCUGUUUGAUUUUUUCAAUUGUAUCUCCAAUUCAAUAAAUGUUAUAAUUCAAUGAAUCUCAUUGUAACUUUAUUAUUGAUCGAAGGUUUCAUAAGUUACGUUUAUAGAAAAAUAUUAUUCGUCCAUUUUACAAUUUGGUUUCAAAAUACUCUUUUUUUAAUAACAUUUUAUACUUUUAGUCUUAUCGCAAUUUUUUGUUAUCUUUUCGGUUUUCGUUUAUGUAUCUUCAAUAAACUUAUUUCUUGACUUCAAAGCAAUUUACGAAUAAACCUUCGUACAAUUUAAUUUAUUGAGAAAUUCCGUUAAUUUACUAACUGAAUUAAUAACUUAUUUCAGUUAAUAAAUAACUGAAUUAAGUUAUUAAUUCAGUUAAUUAACUUAAUUCAAGAAAUAAGUUUGUAUUGUAAGAAAUAUGUAUGCAUCUAGUUGUAUAAAUUUAUUUCAAGCUGAAUAAAUAAAUACAAAUGGGCCAAAUUGUACGUACAGACAUAAUAACAUACUUAAUAUUAUAUACAUGUUUGUUUACUAUAUCGACUGCGCAAUCGUUUGCGCAAGGCCUUCUAAGAGGACUAUUGAUGGCAUAGGUGGCGCUUUCGUCACCGAGUUACGAAAUUUAAAAAAGUAGGCCAGCCAGGUGUUUAUAUACUUUAUAGUUUUGCGAAAUACAUAUUUUUUUGGUAAUAUACAUAUAAAAUACGAAAUUUGAACCGUGCCAUCUGUUUCAUAUGCUCUGUAAGCCAUUGUUAGUUGUAUAUUUGGGUGCCUUUCGAAUUAUUGCCUGUAAUUAAGUAAUUUAUUGAAAAAAAUAUAAAAAAAGGAAACAAAAAUAAAGUUGUGUAAGAUUCGGUGAUAAUUCAUUUUUACUAAAAAACUGCCGUAUGAGUUAAUAUGAAUUUAAUAUUAUUAUGAUAAUAUUAUUUAUAUUAGAAGUACAAUAAUAUUCCCAAUUUCUCCGUCUAUAUACAUAAUAUUGUAAUGUAAUUAUUAUAUAAGUGAAUGAAGUACGUUUUCCGUCCUUUUUUAUAAUCAUAAUAUUGUUUACAUAUUUUGAAAAUAGAAUUCUGUGUAUGUAACUUUUAUUCACAUGCCAAAGAAAUGUGUACAAAUGUAACGCAUUCAUUUACCUGAAUAAAUAAAAAAAAUAUGAAAAUAUAUAAAAAAGUUUUUUUUGCAUGCAAAAAAUAUAUAUUAUCUAUGCAUAGAAAAUAGCUUAAGAUGAUAUAUCACACCACUGAUUUAGAUUAUAUUUUAUAAGUUAUUUUUAUACGAUUAUAAUAAUUUUAUAUAUUAAAAUAAAUUAUAAUAAGUCGGAACUAGUCUUAAGUCGUUCAUAUAAUUAUAGUAAGAGAGAAAUAAACUUUAUUGAAUCUCA